CUUACUGCUAACGCUCCAACCAGGAUCUGGUUGACAGAUCUAUCACGUCGACUUCCAAGCAACGUAUCCCUAGAUGGCCUUGAUAUAUCUUUCAGCGCUCUCCCCCCAAAAGAAUGCCUUCCUUCAAAUAUGACUCUACACUCAUACGACAUACUAUCCGAGACGCCUGAUCACCUCCGUGGUGUCUAUGAUAUUGUUCACGUUCGCAACUUUUCCUUUGUAAUAAGGGACUCGGAGGCUGAGAGGGUCAUCGGGAACGUUUUACAACUAUUGAAGCCUGGUGGCUAUCUCCAAUGGGCCGAAAUAGAUGCCCUUUCAUAUCGCAUCGAAAAGACCAGCCCGGGCUGCAAAGACGACGCCCUUAAGGAACUCAUGCGCUUAGGCAGGGGGGCGGAUGAUCGUACCAUUCCUCAUUGGGUUCCCGAGAUCCCUUAUUUCUUUCAGCAGGCAAAGCUGGAAGAGGUGGAAAGCGACCUCAAAGAUGCCCCACCGUAUAUGGCUGUAGCAAAGCAUGAAUGCAACCUGAUUGUUCCUGAAAUGCUCGCCCGCACAACGCAGAAUUCGGCUCUAAGUGAGAAAUUCUCGCAGCUUAUACCUGAGGCUGUGAAGGAAACACAGGGCGGGGCAUACUGGGCCUUUACUCGGCUUACGGUGGUUGGCAGGAAAGCUAGUGGUUAG